UUGCGAUUUUGCAGCAUAUCAUCUACACGAUUUUGGAUUCAGCUCCUAAACAAACAAGAGAAUUUCGAGUGUUUAAACAGAGAAGUUUAUUAAACAACUUCUUCGGCAGAUUUUGAUACAUUCAGUUAACAAGUAUUGUUACGCAGUACACACUAACAGGUCAGAGCAGUAUCAACCAUACAUUGAGCUUUUCAAUUGAUACAGUAUACAGUAUCGAUUGUCAUUAUAAUUUUAAGGCGUAUCCUAACGUCAAGGAUGAUGGAAAGAUAUAUCAUUUUAGCUCCACAUUAAGAAUAUCUAUGGACGUUUCCGAAAACUUGUCAAAAUAAUUAUAGAAAUCUAUGUUUUUCAGUGAUACGUAGAAGGUACAAUUAAUGUACUGGGAACAAGCGUCAUAUAUCUAUAAAUAUCAGCCCAUCUUUUUUUCUUGACGUGACGAAUCAUUCGUAUCCUGCUUUUGCCUUCACAGUGCGCAUGCGUAGUUUGCAUAGUAUUAUGGUAACUGUUCAUUGAGGAAUGGUGGGUGGUGUUUUAUUAAAGUUGUUUGAUUACGCCAGUUAUUAACUUUUUUUUUACAAAAUGUGAAAAUUUUACAAUCGUUUAAGAGACAUUUGUUUGAGUUUUUCCGCCUGUAGAAAUAUGAUAAUUGGCAAAUUUGGAGCUUUAUUUGGUUCUUUGCUGUCGAAUAAAGGCACUGGUGGUUUUUAUGGAACGAAGAAAAGUGUUGUAUUCUGCGUUAAAUCGCGUUAACAGACACGCCACUGGAACAACGGAGCUACACAUUCUUAUUGCUUGGAAUCAAACCGUAAAGUGAGAUUGCUGUUGCAAACAACCAAGUUAGGAAGUGGAUGUGUCAUAAAAAAUUGUCUCGUGUUCCUAUAUUGACAUGUGUUGUUCUGAAAGUGCCGAAGGCGUUUUCCUGUGGUGUGCAUCAAUUAAUUGUUUGGAAACUUCAUAUUAAUCAGUCAUGGCAUUAAACAGAGUUAUUAUGGAUGCUUUGGAGGUUAGAGUGUGGUGUUUUCUGUCUGUUUACUUUCACCUACACUUUCAUCAGAUCUGAAUGUUAAAAGGAGCGAUGAGAAAACAGUACUAGGUGUUGCUGAUGUUUUCGACUCUUGUCAAAUCGCCUGCAAACAUGUUUCCACAAGAAAUCAAAUGUGCUGCCCGUUAUGUGCCUCAACCGUUGAAGAGAAGACCAACAUAGGCCACAAGAAUGUCAGGAAAUGUGGAAAACAAUCGCUAUAUAGUACAAGUGUUCGUGGGUGCUCUUUCACAACAUUAUGAAUCACUGUCUGUGGAAGCUGGAAAGCAGACUACAUCUGAAGAAAUUGUGUCUUGUAUUGUCGAGCGAUUGUCGCUAAAUGAUAGUAAUGGAAAUCACUAUGAACUUGCCGAGGUGGUUGGUGAUUCUUUUGGCCAGGAAUGCAAGGAAAGAAGACUUGGACCCAAUGAGAAACCUGUUGCUGUUAUGCUGUUGUGGCCCAGGGUGCUUGACUCUCAUCAGCAGUAUUACAGGUUCUACCUUAGGGAAAAAGAACGAGUCAAUGAUGCAUUAUGGACUGACACUUUCACGAUGGAUCCACAACUUAUCCGUGACUAUUUCUACAGAUUUCUGUACCAGCCAAAGGACCGGGAAUAUCCUGAUCUGUGCCAGUUACCAGAUUUAAAUGAACAAACACUCUUAGAUAACCUGAAGGCAAGGUUCAAUGGAGGGCAUAUAUAUACUUAUGUAGGGUCCAUACUUAUUGCACUCAAUCCCUUUAAGUUUCAUCCGAUCUACAAUCCGAAGUAUGUUAAACUGUAUCAGAACCGACGGUUGGGUCCAGAGUUGCCCCCACACAUAUUUGCAGUGGCAGAUGCAGCAUAUCACUGCAUGUUAAAAGAAAGGAGGAAUCAGUGCAUAGUAAUUAGUGGUGAAAGUGGUUCUGGAAAAACUGAAAGUACAAAUUUUCUACUCCAUCAUCUGACAGCACUCAGUCAAAAGGGGUGUCAUGGCAGUGGAGUGGAGCAGACAAUACUUAGUGCUGGUCCUGUACUUGAGGCCUUCGGGAAUGCCAAAACAGCACAUAACAACAACUCUAGCAGAUUUGGAAAAUUUAUUCAAGUUAACUACAAGGAGAAUGGAAUGGUUCAUGGUGCUGUUGUCCAGAAGUACCUCCUUGAGAAAUCCAGAAUAUGUUCCCAAGGUCGCAAUGAACGCAAUUACCAUGUGUUUUAUUACUUGUUGGCUGGAGCAUCUGAAACAGAGAAGAAAGCUCUUCAUCUGAAAGAUAUGGAGGAGUACCACUAUCUCAGCAAGAGUGAUUGUUACACCUUUGACAAUGCCGAUGAGAAAUAUGAGUUUUCACGCCUGAAACAGUCUAUGGAAAUGGUUGGCUUUGCAGCAGAGAAACAGAGACGUCUCUUUGCGGUAUUGUCGGCAGUACUGUUACUUGGCAAUGUGGAAUUUGCACCACGCAAAUCGGCUGCCUAUCAUCAUGAUGAAGCAGUUGGAGUGAAAAAUCUGGAAGUUGUACAACUCAUAUCCCAGUUACUCAGGGUGCGACAGGAGACACUUAUGGCGGCUCUUACGGCAAAACGUGCACGCGCAUCAGGAGAGACACUGGUGAUAAAUUUUCGCCUACCAGAGGCAAUUGCUGCACGUGAUGCAAUGGCAAAGUGUUUGUAUGGUGCCUUGUUUGAUUGGAUUGUCAUGCAAGUAAAUCAUGCUCUGUUAUCAAAAAAGGACACACUGCGAGAUCAUCAGGGAAAUUCAAUAGGUGUUCUUGAUAUUUUUGGAUUUGAAGACUUUGGUUUGUGUAACAGUUUCGAACAAUUUUGUAUCAACUACGCAAAUGAACACUUGCAGUACUACUUUAACCAGCACGUCUUCAAAUAUGAACAAGAAGAAUAUCGUAAGGAAGGUAUUCGAUGGACAAAUAUUGAUUUUAUGGAUAAUACAGGUUGUCUUCAGCUCAUUGAAGGAAAGCCGAAUGGCUUGUUGUGUGUACUUGAUGAUCAAUGCAAUUUUCCAGGAGCGACUAAUGAGACAUUGUUACAAAAAUUCAAUUCCGUUCACAAAGACAACCCAUUUUAUGAAAUACCGCAGCGGAGAGAAGCAGCAUUUAUUGUAAGGCAUUAUGCAGGAAAAGUUAAAUACCAGGCAACAGAGAUGAGGGAGAAGAACUUGGAUCUUAUGAGGCAAGAUAUUGUCAGUGUACUAAAAAACAGCAGUAUGGCAUUUGUUCGAGAACUAGUUGGUGCUGAUCCAGUGGCAGUUUUUCGUUGGGCUAUUGUGCGUGCUUUUUUUCGGGCCUACUUUGCAUUUCAUGAAGCUGGUCGGAAGCAUCGACAAGCACGUGAUGGUAGCAAACCUGGACUUCAGAACCGGUGCCGAAAUCAUUCUCCCAACGAAAAUUUGAUCAGCUUACCACUGAAACAUAGCUCCAUUAUCAGCACAAGCUCUCAUUAUAAGGGGCAAUGUGGAGAGGACAAUGAAAAUGAUCAAAAUGAGCAAGGAUUGCCACACAGGCUUUCUUGGUCACAUUUACAUUCAGGCAGUGAAUCACAAAAACCUGAUAUGGAACAGCAAAAUCGUGUAAAGAUGGAAUUUUCAAGUGGAUGCAGGAGAGAUUCGCAGCAUGCAUUAGGAAGAGUACUUUGUCCUGACGAAGCCAGAGUUCUGGAGAGAGCCAACCAGAUUGUCAUGAAAAACAAAUCCUUCAGACCACGAGAACGCAGUAAGAAAGGCCUAAAGAACCUGCAAACAGUAAAGACACUUGCAGGACGAACACAAGCUCAGAACUUAGGUGGCCAUCCACAGACUCAACAACAACAACAAGCACCAGGAAAAGCUCGAAAACAGCCACAGACAGUUACUGCACAGUUUCAGCAGUCACUACACAGUCUUAUGGAUACUCUCAACCAUGCUAAUCCAUUUUUCAUUCGGUGCAUUAAGAGUAAUGCUGAUAAGAUUCCAAAUAAAUUUGAUAAUGAGACAGUGCAAAGACAGCUGAGGUAUACGGGCAUGCUGGAAACAGUGCGCAUCAGGCAAGCUGGUUACAAUGUGAGGCUGACAUACGAUGAAUUCAUACAACUUUAUCGGAUUUUGCUACCAAAAGGAUUACUCAGUUCACAGGCUGAUGUUCGUGAUUUUCUCUACACUUUAAAUCUGAAUCGUGAUAAUUACCAACUUGGCAUAAGCAAGAUCUUCCUUCGAGAAUCUGAAAAGGUCCGAUUAGACUACAGACUGCAUCAACAGAUAGUGGGAAGCAUAGUGACCAUUCAGAGAUGGGCACGAUCUGUACUGGAGCGACGACGCUUCUUGCGCGCUCGUGAAGCUGCCAUCACUAUACAGUGUGCAUGGAGGAUGUACCUGGCACAGAGAACCCUUUGUCAACUUCGCAGUCAAGUUUCUGCAGCAAUUGUAAUACAAACAGCAUGGCGCAGGUAUCAUGCAAUGAAAUGGUAUCGACGAUUGCGGAAGGGGACAGUAGCUUUCCAAGCGUGUGCGCGUGCAAAUUCACUUCGUAUUCGCCUUAGGGCAGAGAAAGAGGAAAGAGCUAGGCAAAGAGAGGAAAGUCGUGGACAGGCAGCUGCAGCAAUAGCCACAUCUGAUGCCCAUUCUACACAAAGUACAGAUGAAGCUUUCCUUUCAAAAGAAUCAAGCCAGGAAGAAUUGGAUGAGCGGCUUUCAUGCGAUAAGGAAGCUGUUGAUUCAGAAGGAAGCAGUGGUAUUCAAGAAGAUAGUGAAAGUGAACCGAAUGUCUUCCAUCCUUCUAGUAUCACUACACCAUCGCAGCACGACAGCUCGGCCAAAUCACAGCAUAGGCAGGGGGAAAGCAAGAAGACAUCCAUUGGUCUUGAUGUGAUACAUCUGAAAAAGAAAAUUUCUUUCAAACGAAACAAGGGACCAAAGACUGAAGCAGCUCAGAAUGUACUUCAGGAUGAUAAAACUACAGGUAUACGAAAAGGAAGUAGCAGUGACAGUCUGUCUUCACAACGAAGCAUUGAUUCACAGAGGAGUAGUGAGUCAUCUAUGAGUAAUAUUUCUGUUGAUGUUACUCACGAGAGGUUAAGACGACAGAAAUACCCUUUUAAUUUAAAUAAAAUAACGGAGAGGAGGGAAAGUAGCGGGAUGACAGGUCCACACAGUGAUGGAGAAGUGGAUGAAACUGUCACACGAUCUGCACCUCCUAUUGUGCAAACAACAGCCCUGAGUCCCUUCCCAGCACCAGUUCAAGCACCAGAACCUGAUCCUGUAUGGAGACGGCGUGAAGAUGUUCCCUCACCGUAUUCUGUUCCUGGGAAGUCUCCUCUACAAAAUGAUGGCCAUAAGAGUAUACCUGUCCAUAAACCAGUCAGGCGGGAAAGUCGGUCAGUGUCCGUUGAACUAUUUGGUGAUACAAGACGACGACCAACAUUGUCAGCAAGUGUUAGUCAUGAGGGUCAUUCACCAACAGAACCUGAAGCUCCUGCUCGUGGCUUGCGGCGGCAGAGGGCUCCUCGGGGAACAGUGUGUCGCAGUGCUGGGGAGGAGUUAUCUGGUGGUGUUGUCAUUGACCCGUCGGGUGCUACAAAACUCCUCCUUUCAAGUGAAAGCUCAGGCAUAGGAGUUCCACGGCGGCCACGCAGUGGUGGUAUUACAACGUUAGAACUGCGUCGUCGAAAUAGUGAUCCCGCUUCGAGGCCAGCAAUAUGUGUGGGGGAUGGUUCACCAUCUGUCAGCAAGGCUUCAGAUGCCCUUGAGUGGAAGGGCAAUCUGUUCACAAUUGCAGGGCAUACAUUCCGGAAAGUAACAAAAUUUUCCAAAGAAGAUCGUUGUGUAUACUGCUCGGAACCAAUGAUAGCUAUUGUAACACAAGGACACAAAUGCACAAAUUGCAAGAAAUUGUUUCAUCCAAAAUGUAUCCAGAAUGGCGGUGUUCUGGAAAUGCCUUGUUUACAACAACCUGCUGGAGGUGGAAAACCAGGCAGGAGAAAAAAUCGGAAGCUGUCACAGAUGCCAUAUGACCUCAACAAGCCUAAGCCUGCUAUAACAGGAAAAUUUAGCCUUACUAAAACUUCAGAGUUUACUGACAGUCCUGACAAAAUUAUAUCUGAUGCUGCAGAAUUGCAGCAGAUGCAGGAUUUUAUAACAAAGAAAAUCUUUAAGAUCGAGAGUGAAGAAGGCGAGAAACCAAGUGAGGUGGACAGAGUCUUCAAGCAAGCACUUCGAGAAUUCAAGGAUAACCUCGUGGCUACAUACAGUGUUGCAAAUAAACAGGGUGAUAAGGCAUUCAAUAUUCAGUAUAAGGAUCUGAUUGCUAAUUUUCUCCAUAUAAUGCAAACUGUCUGUAACCAAGAAAAUACUAAGGAGGAUUUUCCAGUGACAAUGGGAGUAAAUGCAUUCAGAGGAUUUAUGAAUGAGUUUAUGAAUCUGAAUCAUCUUGAAGAAAAGCCUAGCAAAGCUAAGAGGAAAAAAGAAAAGAAGCGAAAGAUGGAAGAUCCAAUAAUUUAUGCAGGACAUUGUUUUCUUUUAACAAUUAUCAAUAUUCCAACAGCUUGUGAAAUAUGCACAUCAUUUUUCAUGUGGCCAAUUGAACGUGGCCUUGUUUGUCAAAACUGCAAGUUAACAUGCCACAAGAAGUGCUAUACACGAGUUAUUGUGGCUUGUGGUAAAGAAGGCCAUGGUGAAAGUGGGUAUACUAGUGAGGGUCGUCGUGUAUUUGGCGUUCCUCUUCACCUCUUAGCAACUGGUGAUGGGAAGGUACCUGCUGUUGUUGACCGCUUAAUCACCACCAUUGAAAUGCAUGGCUUAUAUACAGAGGGAAUCUAUCGGAAAUCUGGAGUGAGUUCUAAAGUGAAGGAAUUAAAGGCAAGAAUUGAAGACGAACAUCUAGAUGAUAUCAACUUCGGAAGUUAUCAUGUUCAUGUAUUGGCAGCCGUAUUGAAGAGCUUCUUGCGUGAAAUGCCUGAACCUUUGUUAACAUUUGAUAGUUAUGAAGACUUUUUACGUGCUGGCAGUCUUACAGAUCCUCAUGAUCGUGUGUUGACCCUCUUCGCAAUAAUUAAGAAGUUACCAAAGCCAAAUUUCGACCUUGUUGAGAGACUUGUAUUCCAUCUUGCAAGAGUGGCAUCACAUGAAGACGCAAAUCGGAUGAAUGCAAGUUCACUGGCAAUUGUUUUUGCACCCUGCAUCCUCCGCACAAAUAAAACAGUUCCGGCACAAGAUUCACUGCACGACAUUGGACGACAGACUCAGUGUGUGGAGACAAUCAUAGCAGAUCAGUUACGUAAAGUCAAGUCAACGUUGGCUGAUAUCGAUACAUUGGACAGCGCCUGCCACACAGCCACGCACCGACUUUCAUCCCUUCGUAGCUCCAAGAUAUUCAGCCCUGAAGAAUUGUUACCAGCUAGUGAUUCAGUAAAGAAAACAGAUGAAGAGGAAGCACUUUUAAUGGAGCACAUAGAAGAUAUACAAAAAGAGAAGGCAUUAUUGACGUCAACACUACCAAGUCUAACAAGGACCACCUCUGAUGAUGAUAUGCUUUCGACAGAUCUUGAUGAUGGUGGUAGCCUGGAUGAUAUGUCAGUGAGAGCUGAUGAUGAUGUUCAUCAGCCUACAAUACGACGUAUGCGUCAACAUCCUGCUGCUGUGUCUUACUCCAUACCUGGCACAGAUGAUGAUGAAUCAGCAAGGAAACUAAAACGACAGUCAUCAUCUGACAACAGUGUUGUAUCUCUUUUUCCACCACCUGCACACACAGACUGUGAUGAGGAUCCCAUCAUGGUCUAACUUCUGUAUUAUUAGGCCAUUGAAGGGUUUUGUAUUGAAUAUCUGUGAUUUGGAAUUAUUUCUUAGUAUAGUGUGUCUGUGUAUGUAUGUAACAGUGUCAGAGAAAGUAGUUGUGAAUCAGGAAAUUAUAUGUUUCGUGUGAUUGUGAAUACUGCAAAUACAGAAAGAUCUGUAACACUAUAUACAUAUGUAUGGCUAGCAAAUGUACAUAAUUAUUCUGUCUCAACAACACUGCCUUAUUCAUUGACUUCUGUGUUUUUACUGUGACACUAUUAUAUUUGCAGUUAAAUUAGUAAAACUCUUAUUCCUUGUUACAAAUCUGUGUCUCUUUUUGUAGACACAGAAGCUACGCUUAAAGUGUUGUAAUUGGUAUCAUUGUUGUGAGAUGUGAAUUACUACUUAAAUGUCAUGUGAGAAUACCAUUAUUUGUAAAACAUUUUUAUACAGAAUUUACAAGUUUUUCUUACAAAACUAUUAUAGUUGCAGGAAAUGCUCUGUUGUUAAUCUUUAUUAGCUGCGUUAAAAUAUUUGUGCAGAAAAUAAAAUGUUUUUGUUGUGAACAUUGAUUUUAUAUUUGAGAAUAGAGAUACUGGUCUUCUUAGCGUCUGCACAUAAACGUUUUGUUUUUGUUACUUAAAUUACAAACUUUGUAUAUAUGUGUAAAUGUAUGUGCAUUGCAGAUGUGUAUUGAAAUUUCAUGGAAGUUAAGACUGGAUAUUUUAACCUUGCAGUUUUAAUUAUUUUUGUAAUCUGUAUAUAGUUUAUAAGAUGUACUAAAACAUGUCUGGUAUUGUAUGAGUCAUUUCUUUGUGUUUUCUCUCAAAGAUUAAACGACAUUCUCGUACCAGUUAUUAAUGUAUGAAUUCAUUUUGUAAUAAAAAACCAAAUUCUUAGCUGGUUUAAAUAUGUGAUUAUUGAAAUUAUUCAUGAAAUUCAGAAAUAGAAUUUAAAUAGAAUGUGUUGUUAAUGUUUUUAGGGCAUGUGAGAGUGUAGGUGUCAUUGAUUCUGAAGCGAUGAAUUGGUUGUGAUACUUGCAAUGAAAAUUCCACUUACAAAGAAAGUACAAAAGAUAAAGCUUCACAGCAAGGCAAAAAUAAUGAUUUUUCACUGAAAAAACUUCAUAUUAGCAGCACAGAGGACAUCAGCAUGGAAGGAGGAUGUAAUUGAGCCCCUGUGCAAAUGAUAACUGAAAAUCCAGCAUUCCGGAUAAACUAUGAAAUGAAUGCGCCCUCUCCACCUCCUCCUGCAUCAUUGUGUAGGCUUCCAUUAUUUUCUUUGAAUUGUGUAUGUAAGGAGUUAUAUCUUAAUAUUUAUUACAUACUACUAUUUAUUACAUCCUUCAUGGUAACCAAGUGGUCCUGAUUUCUGUAUCACCUCUUCGUAGGUCCUUUCUUUGUAUUAGAUGUUGAGGAAGCAUCUUUCUUUGUAGUAGAUGUUGAGGAAGGAACUUUUUAAUUCAUUGAGGCAUUUUGCUUGAUUUUUUCAGACUACUGGUUAAAUCACAAACACACUAUGACUCGUCUUCACAAAAUUUAAGAAAGUCUACAUUUUUGGAAACAUAACAAGCUUCAUCUUUGUGACAAAUACUGUGUAGUUAGGUGCAACAGCUGACUUAUUGCUAUUGCAGAAUCAAGAGGCAUCAACACAGAAAUUUUGUUCUGUUUUCACAAUUUAAUCAUUAAUGUUAAUAUCUUAGCAUGAAUUUUGUCAAAUAUGCAAAAAGCUUGUGAGCUAGAAGAGAGCUUACCACUUCCAAUUACACUCAGAUGCAACCACAACAGAACUGACAGCACAAAAACAGAGAUAAUACACAUUGAAUCUCAAAUCUCAAUUGUUCAGGAUGCUGUUGUCUUUAAAAAAAUAAGGAAAGGGGGGAAGAUAAAGGAAAUUAUAAGCAUGAUGUAUCAUUUUUUGUCUAGAGUAUGUUUUCUUGCCCUCCGUUUUCCUUUUAGUUAGUUCCUCCCAGUGUUUCCUUCUUGUAUUCUUUUCCUUCUGUAUCCUGUUAUUUCUUUUUGGUUUCAGCUGUCAGCUAAUUGUUGGCACUGUGAAAUUUGAAUCUCAAUUAAUACUGAUCAGUGCUUCCAGCUCCAUACUGGCUAUUUUUCUCUCUCCUAGCCUUGAGUACACAAUGGUUAUCUUUCAUUAUUUACAAAUACUAUUUUAUGUUAAACACAUCACACCUUAAGUAUUGUUCUGUUCUGUAAAGAACAAUUUGUAAGUUGGAUUUUUAGUGAGCAUUUGCUUUGUUGCUGUAUCUUUCUUUUCACUUUGCUUUUAUUUUGGAAUUGGCAAGUGGACACUACUUUUUUGUCUCACACAGUGAAAUACAGUUUAACAUACGUUUCUUUCACUAAUUGUAUAGUUUGCUCUUAUUUUGAUAGUUACUUUGUUACCAUAGUUGAUCAUGUGGUAUCUUUUGACUGAGUACCCGGUGUAAUAGACAGUGUAGCUUGGUACUUUAUAAAAGAAAAAUAUGUGUGAAUUGAUUAUUUAAUAAUUAUAAAUUUUCCACGUGUCUAUUGUGUUUUAUCUAUGUUUUUAGCAUUAUUUGGUUCCAUGUAUUAUAUUCAAUAAAUUGUAGCUUUAUACUUGUCGAGAUUUUUAGUAGUGGUGUAACUAAGCUGAAAUACUGUAACUAUCUGUAAGUUUGGCACUGACAAGGCACUGAAACUCAUAAACUGUGUCGUACUAAGGUAUCCUUGCAAUAAUACUCACACUUUUUCAUUAAUUGUUCUGGUAGUUAGUGUACUCAAUACCCAAUUUCUGUACUUCGUUUACGGAACAAUUUAUUUUGCACUAUUCAGGAAAGUUACAGCGCUUCUUUUUGUGUGAAAUUCAUCCUCAUUCAGGUAUAGCAAUAUAUAUUGACUGUUCAUAAUAAGAUCACAAUUUGGAUUCUAACAUUCAAAGACUGGAUUCUGAAAAUAAGUCCUUUCAGUUUCUUUAUUAAUUUAAUCUUGUGUUAAACAUCACAUCUCAAUAUAACUUUCAUUUGCUUUUGACAAUUAUUUGUUAUAAGUUCCAAUCAUGAAUUCAGUUCCUGGGAAGACGUAACCAUUACAGAACUUGAACUUUCCCUCAUAUAUUGUGAUAACAUAUAAAGUCUGCAAAUUUGAAACAUUUAUCUGAUAUCAUUUGGUAGGGCAAAGAUAGUCCUGAAACAACCACAAGCAGGCAAAAUUUCAAUUUGUGUUGCUGUAACCAGGUAGUUAGUGACGUAUUUCACACAGUUAACAUUUCUACGCUCUGUUACUGGAGUCUCUUAACUCUUGAAUUGUAGUGAUUAUUUGACAUGUGCACUGAUCUCAGUGCACAUUUACUGUGACACCUUACUUUAUUUGUAUUAUAUAUAACUUGUUUCUGUUGUGCAGUAUGAGUUGGUGAUUUGCCUUUAUAGCAGAUCUCGUAAAUGCUGGACAGAGUAAGUUAUCUUUUGACUGACAGUAGAGUUCCGCAGUAUGCAACAUUUUUGAUUGUUCAGUAGUGUACCAUGAAGUAAAUAUUGUUUAUCAAUAUAACACUGUUAUAGUUUUGAAGCUUUGAAGUCAUGUGGUUGUAACAAAGUUGUAAGUACUAUUUAUAUCGUAAAGUAUACAUAUCUAUGUAUGUUUGUCCUCAUUGUAUUUUAAUAAUUCUAAACUUUUUCAUUGUUCAAGAAUGUAAGUUCAUGUCUAUUAAUGUUACGAGAUGAUUCUCUUACAUAAAUUGCAAUGUAAAGAGCAUCUGCUCUAGAUAUAUAAUAUUUUGUGAUAGUAGAAAAUUGUAUAUUUCUAACAAAUUUAGAAAAUUCUUACACAAAACAAAUAAUUUUGUAUUUGUAGGAAUGAUGUACAAAUGAACAUACACAAUAAUUACAUGUACAUGUAUAUCUUUAAUUGUAUGCGGUCUUUUAAAAAGUGCCAGCUGAUAUAUAUUGGAAUUAAAAUGUCUAAACUUGCA